ACUUUUUCUUUUCAUUCACUUAUAAAUAGCCCAAUUCAUUUCCAUUUCAAUACAUCUUUCACAUUAAAACAAUUUCCCAACAAAACCAUAACAUAAAGAAAUGGCACACACAAAUGUUUUGUCUCUCCUCCCUUUUGUCAUGCUUUUGUUGAUCAAUGGACAAGGAAGCUUUGCCCGAUAUAUGAUACAAGAGAAUGUAGAAGAAAUACAAGUUGAUCAACCUUACCUUGAUGGUUGGCUCAAAAAUCCAUUGAAGAAUCAAAAACACAUUGCUAACUCUAACCAAGUUUACCUUGAUGGAUGGUUGAAAGAUACUCGGGCAGAGAAAACCAAAUCCUCCCAGGAUUCCGAUCAAGUCUAUCUUGAUGGAUGGUUGAAAGAUAUCAGAGCAGAGAAACCAAAAUUCACCUCUGAAUCCAACCAAGUUUACCUUGAUGGAUGGUUGAAAGAUACUCGAGCUGAGAAAGCAAAAUCUACAGGUGACACCAACCAAGUUUAUCUUGAUGGAUGGUUGAAAGAUAUCAGAGCUGAGAAAGAAAAGUCAAUACCUAACUCCAACCAAGUUUACCUUGAUGGAUGGUUGAAAGAUACCAGAGCAGAGAAAGCAAAAUCCACCUCUGAAUCCAACCAAGUUUACCUUGAUGGAUGGUUGAAAGAUACCCGAGCUGAGAAAGACAAAUCUACCUCUGACUCCAACCAAGUUUACCUUGAUGGAUGGUUAAAAGAUACCCGAGCUAAGCAAACAAAAACCAUGUCUGACUCGAAUCAAGUUUAACUUGAUGGAUGGUUGAAAGAUUCCCGAACUGAGAGAACAAAAGCUACCCCUGACUCCAACCAAGUAUAAGUUUAUCUUGAUGGUUGGUUGAAAGACACCUGAGCUGAAAAAACAAAAUCCUCCUCUUACUCUAACCAAGUUUACCUUGAUGGAUGGUUGAAAGAUAUUCGAGCUGAAAAAAUAAAAUCCCUCUCUGACUCUAACCAAGUUUACCUUGAUGGAUGGUUAAAAGACAUUAGAGAUGAGACAACAAAAUCUACCUCUGAUUCUAAUCAGGUUUAUCUUGACGGAUGGUUGAAAGAUAUCCGAGCUUAGAAAACAAAAUCCACUCCCGACUCCAAACAAGUUUACCUUGAUGGAUGGUUGAAAAAUACCCGAAACUAGUUCAUGUCUUUGUUAAUCAAUGUCUAUGUCAUUUUGAAAAAAUUUCAUGUUGUUCCUAUGUUUUUAAUCUUCGUGCUAUGUAAAACCUUAUUUCUAUGUAUUAAGUAAGAUCUUGUUUGUGUACUAAUAAGUUAUUGUUUCUAUGAACUAGUUGUUUGUGUUUUAAAAUAAACUUUAAUUUAAUUUGAUAAAGAUUGAGUUGAUCUCUCUUUAA